AUGGAUUGGGACAAAUUGCGCAUCUUUCAUGCGGCCGCUCAGGCGGGCAGCUUCACCCAUGCAGGCGACACCCUGCAUAUGAGCCAGUCGGCCGUCAGCCGUCAGGUCAGUGCUCUUGAGCAUGACCUGGGCGUGUCGCUGUUCCACCGUCACGCUCGCGGACUGUUGUUGACCGAACAGGGCGAAUUGCUUUACCGAACCGCUGCCGACGUUCUGAUGAAGCUGGAGUCCGUUCAGUCCAGCCUCACGGACAGCAAGGACAAACCGUCCGGGAUUUUGCGUGUUACCACCACGGUCGGCCUCGGCUCGACCUGGCUGACCUCACGAAUAAAGAGCUUUGUCGAACUCUAUCCUGACGUCGACCUGCAUCUGAUCUUCGAUGAUGACGAACUCGACCUCGGCAUGCGUGAAGCGGAUGUCGCCAUCCGAUUGCGCCAACCCACGCAGCCGGACCUGAUUCAGCGCAAGCUGUUUACCGUGCAUUUUCACGUCUAUGCCGCGCCUGAAUACAUACAGCGGUUCGGAUCCCCAUCCUCGAUUGAAGAUAUCGACAAUCACCGGAUCAUCACGUUCGGCGAACAGGCUCCGGCUUACCUUCGCUCGAUGAACUGGCUGGAAGCUGCCGGCAGGCCGGCAACCGAACCACGCCGGUCCGUCCUGAAAGUCAACAAUCUGGUUGCGAUCAAACGUGCAGUCCAGUCGGGCGUGGGCAUUGCCAUAUUGCCUGACUACAUUAUCGACCAUGCAACCAAUCUGGUGCCGGUUCUGACAGAACAGGAAGACAAGGUCCCCUCGUUCGAUACUUAUUUCGUCUAUCCGUCUGAGCUGAAGAACACUGCACGCGUCAAGGCCUUCCGGGAAUUCUUGCUGAGCAGCGCCGAAAAGUGGGUCUAUUGA